CCUUCUUUUUACCCCUGCUGUCCCUCCCCCUUGCUGGGCUAUAAACCCGCCGGGGACCCAGAAUCCAGCACAGGCUGAACUCCAAUACCCAGUGCUCUGGACCAGCCACCUAGACAGACAGACAGACAGACAAACGGACAGGAGAAGCGAGAAGAUGAGGCCAGUCACCUACGUCAGUCUCUGCCUCCUCUGCUGCCUGAUCUUUAACCCCUCGCUGGCAGCCCCCUCUCUCUCAGCAGGGGCACAGGCUGGGUCCUGUCCCGAGGGCUGGCUCUCCUUCGAAGGCAACUGCUAUGGAUACAUCUCCCAAGACAAAACCUGGAUGCAGGCAGAGGUUGACUGCCAGAACCACUUGCAAGGGUCCCAUCUCGCCUCCAUUCACAAUACUGGAGAAACUGAAAUUCUGUCUGAUUAUAUCAAGCGGCACCACACAGAGAAGAAACCCGUCUGGAUCGGACUCUCAGACCCUCAUGGGACUCUAAGCUGGAAAUGGACAGAUCAUUCCCUCUUCAAUUACAAAAAUUGGGAUACAAACCAACCUGAUAGUCCGGGAGCAAAUGAGCACUGCGUAGUGUUAGAAAGUCCAGGUUUUCAGAAAUGGCACGAUUAUCCCUGUGCAGACAGACACGCUUUCAUUUGUAAGGGUAAACCUUAUGGGAGGCGGGUCGCCUGGACCAGAGGGCUCCCAACACCUGGGCUCUGAGUGAAUCGGGUCCUUCCGGCUCCCUAGGGAGACCAGAUCCUGUGUCCCCGGCUGCAAAGUCCCUUCUGCAAAGCAUCGCUGUGUUACGCUGUGUCACUCCCGUUCUGCUCUGCCCCCUUCUCUCCCUGUUGCACCCACGCUCUGCUCUUCUCAGCAAUCUCAGCACAGUGAAGUGAUAAUAAACUUUCCCUCCAGCAUUCA